GGAAUUCUUACCCCACCCUGACACCUUUUCUCCCUUUACCUUUGCCAGGGUUUGGCCGCAAGGAUGUAGUUGAGUAUUUGCUCCAGAGCGGUGCCAACGUCCACGCGCGGGAUGACGGAGGCCUCAUCCCUCUGCACAACGCCUGCUCCUUUGGGCACGCCGAAGUUGUCAAUCUUCUCCUGCGGCAUGGUGCAGAUCCUAAUGCUCGGGAUAAUUGGAAUUACACUCCCCUUCAUGAAGCUGCCAUUAAGGGCAAGACAGAUGUCUGCAUUGUACUGCUGCAGCAUGGUGCUGAACCAACCAUUCGGAACACAGAUGGAAGAACAGCUUUGGAUUUAGCAGACCCUUCUGCAAAAGCAGUGCUGACUGGUGAAUACAAGAAAGAUGAACUCUUAGAAAGUGCCAGGAGUGGGAAUGAGGAAAAGAUGAUGUCUCUUCUUACACCAUUAAAUGUUAACUGUCAUGCAAGUGAUGGCAGAAAGUCUACUCCAUUGCAUUUAGCAGCUGGGUAUAACCGUGUAAAAAUAGUACAGCUCUUACUGCAGCAUGGGGCUGACGUACAUGCUAAGGAUAAAGGAGAUCUGGUGCCACUUCACAAUGCCUGUUCCUAUGGUCAUUAUGAAGUCACAGAGCUUCUAGUAAAGCAUGGAGCAUGUGUGAAUGCAAUGGAUCUGUGGCAAUUCACCCCUCUGCAUGAAGCAGCUUCUAAGAACAGGGUGGAAGUAUGUUCUCUUUUGUUAAGUUAUGGUGCAGACCCAACACUGUUGAACUGUCACAACAAAAGCACCAUUGAUUUGGCUCCAACACCCCAAUUAAAAGAACGAUUAGCAUAUGAAUUCAAAGGUCACUCACUGCUGCAGGCUGCAAGAGAAUCAGAUGUUGCUCGUAUAAAGAAACAUCUUUCUUUGGAAACAGUGAACUUCAAGCACCCUCAGACACAUGAGACAGCACUGCACUGUGCUGCUGCAUCUCCAUAUCCGAAGAGGAAACAAGUAUGUGAAUUGCUGCUAAGGAAAGGAGCCAACAUCAAUGAAAAAACAAAAGACUUCUUGACUCCUCUGCAUGUGGCAUCAGAAAAGGCUCAUAAUGAUGUUGUUGAAGUAGUUGUGAAACAUGAAGCUAAGGUUAAUGCAUUAGAUAAUCUUGGCCAGACUUCUCUUCAUAGAGCAGCACAUUGUGGUCAUCUUCAGACAUGCAGGUUGCUGCUGAGUUCUGGAUGUGAUCCUUCCAUCGUGUCUCUGCAGGGCUUUACAGCCUUACAAAUGGGGACUGAAAGUGUGCAGCAGCUACUGCAAGAAGGCAUUCCAUUAGGUAAUUCUGAUGCAGAUCGACAGUUGCUGGAGGCUGCAAAGGCUGGAGAUGUGGAUACUGUAAAAAAGCUGUGUACAGUUCAGAGUGUGAACUGCAGAGAUAUUGAAGGACGUCAGUCAACACCACUUCAUUUUGCAGCUGGAUAUAACAGAGUAUCUGUUGUGGAAUAUCUUCUUCAGCAUGGAGCUGAUGUGCAUGCAAAAGAUAAGGGAGGACUUGUCCCUUUACAUAAUGCUUGCUCAUAUGGGCACUAUGAAGUUGCAGAACUGCUGGUUAAACACGGUGCAGUCGUCAAUGUCGCCGACUUGUGGAAAUUCACUCCCUUGCAUGAAGCUGCAGCAAAAGGAAAAUACGAGAUUUGCAAACUCCUGUUACAGCAUGGUGCUGAUCCCACAAAGAAAAACAGAGAUGGAAAUACUCCUCUAGACCUUGUUAAAGACGGUGAUACUGAUAUUCAAGACCUGCUUAGAGGAGAUGCAGCUCUGCUAGAUGCUGCUAAGAAAGGUUGUUUGGCCCGAGUGAAGAAGCUGUGCUCACCUGACAAUGUCAACUGUCGGGACACGCAGGGACGGCAUUCCACACCUCUGCAUUUAGCAGCUGGUUACAACAAUUUGGAGGUUGCAGAGUACCUGUUACAGCACGGGGCAGAUGUGAAUGCACAGGAUAAAGGAGGUUUGAUUCCUCUGCAUAAUGCAGCAUCUUAUGGGCAUGUUGACGUAGCAGCUUUACUUAUAAAGUAUAAUGCAUGUGUGAAUGCUACAGACAAAUGGGCUUUCACACCUCUGCAUGAAGCAGCCCAGAAAGGAAGGACACAGCUUUGUGCCUUGUUACUGGCACAUGGGGCUGAUCCUACUCUGAAAAACCAAGAGGGACAAACUCCACUGGACCUGGUCACUGCAGAUGAUGUCAGUGCGUUACUGACAGCAGCGAUGCCUCCUUCUGCCUUACCUACUUGCUACAAGCCUCAGGUUAUAAGUGUGUCUCAGGCUACAGGCUCUGCAGCUGAUUCCCUGUCUUCUGUCCCAUCCAGUCCAUCCAGUCUGUCUGCUGCAAGCAGUCUGGACAACUUGUCUGGUAGUUUUUCUGAACUUCCUUCUGUUGUUGGUACGAACUGUGCAGAGGGAGCUACUGUUCUGGAGAAGAAAGAAGUUUCAGGUGUAGACUUUAGCAUUAACCAGUUUGUGCGGAACCUUGGCCUCGAACACCUGAUCGACAUAUUUGAGAGAGAACAGAUAACACUGGAUGUGUUGGUUGAAAUGGGACACAAAGAAUUGAAGGAAAUUGGAAUUAAUGCUUAUGGCCAUAGGCAUAAAAUCAUCAAAGGAGUUGAAAGACUUAUUUCUGGACAACAAGGACUCAACCCAUACCUGACUCUAAAUACUUCUGGCAGUGGAACUAUUCUCAUAGACCUUUCCACUGAAGAUAAGGAGUUUCAGUCAGUAGAAGAAGAGAUGCAGAGCACUGUCCGGGAGCACAGGGAUGGAGGACAUGCUGGUGGAGUCUUCAACAGAUACAACAUCCUAAAGAUUCAGAAAGUAUGCAACAAAAAACUAUGGGAAAGAUACACUCACAGGAGGAAAGAGGUCUCUGAAGAGAAUCAUAACCAUGCUAAUGAAAGAAUGCUGUUUCAUGGCUCCCCAUUUGUGAAUGCCAUCAUUCACAAAGGCUUUGAUGAGAGACAUGCCUACAUAGGAGGCAUGUUUGGAGCUGGGAUUUACUUUGCUGAAAAUUCUUCCAAAAGCAAUCAAUAUGUAUAUGGAAUUGGAGGUGGCACUGGAUGUCCAAUUCACAAAGACAGAUCUUGUUAUGUUUGCCACAGGCAAUUGCUCUUUUGUCGUGUAACACUGGGCAAGUCUUUCCUGCAGUUCAGUGCUAUGAAAAUGGCUCAUUCUCCCCCAGGACAUCACUCAGUUACUGGGAGACCCAGUGUAAAUGGAUUGGCAUUGGCAGAGUAUGUCAUUUAUAGAGGAGAGCAGGCUUAUCCAGAAUACUUGAUUACUUACCAGAUUAUGAAACCUGAAGCCACCACUGAAGCUUAAGACAAGUUACUUGUGGGAAACCAUCAGACUGUGGAUGUGAACACACCAGUGGCUGCCAUCAUGUUUAAUUACAAGUUUUUGUUGAAAAACUUCCAUUCACAGGUGGUGCGGUAGCAAAUGUGAACAAAACAUACCAGUUUUGACUUGAUAAAGCUUUAAUAAUGUACAGUAUGUUUUUUCUAAAAUUUCAGAAAUGUCCUCUUUUUCAGCACUUUAACAGAUACCAUUCCAGGCAUAAACUGGGGUUUGGCUGUACUAAAUUAUAAACAGAAAUUAACUUGAAAGAAUGGUUUUAUACAACACUGCAUU